AUGCAGCAUCAACAAAUCAGAUUCUUCAAUAAAAAUUGCUCGGAAUUGGAAGAUCUCCUAUCUGAAUUUGCUGAUAUAUUUGAGACACCUCAAGGGCUUCCUCCAAAACACAGCCAUGACCAUCAAAUACCUUUAGUUCUAGGGAGUGAACCGGCUAAUAUUAGACCAUACUGCUAUCCAUACAUUCAAAAAAUUGAAAUUGAGAAAAUAGUUUGUGAGAUGUUGGCUACUGGAAUUAUUCGACCGAGUGUUAGCCCUCAUUCUAGUCCAGUGUUGUUGGUAUGGAAGGAGGAUGGUUUGUGGCGCAUUUGUGUGGACUACCGUGUAUUGAACAAAAUAACAGUCAAAGACAAAUAUCCCACCUGUGGUGGAAGAGUUACUGGAUGA